AUGACUCUCGCAGUCGAUCUCCUUAACCCCUCGCACGAGCACGAGAAGAAGCAACACAAGCUUAAGCGACUGGUACAGUCGCCCAACUCUUACUUUAUGGACGUUAAGUGCCCUGGAUGCUUUGCCAUUACGACUGUUUUCUCGCACGCGCAGACUGUCGUUAUGUGCAGCUCCUGUGCAACUGUCUUGUGCCAGCCUACUGGUGGUAAGGCGCGAUUGACUGAGGGGUGUUCGUUCCGCCGAAAGGCAUAA